GAAUAUAUCAAAGAAUAUUUUAUUUUAUAAAAAAAUUAACAAAAUUUACUCAAAACUCUCCUUAAGAAAGUGAAAUUCUUUUGAACUCUUCGCCUGCAUGUUGAUUGAUGUGUACUCUACAUUUUAGUCGUUAGCAGGCGGAGAAAUCCAUGGGGAUUGGGGUUGUAAAUGUUCUGCUGGUACUUUUACAGUCGACUGAAUUUCAAUCGUUGAAUCGAUUCGCCCGAAGAACAAGAAGGAAAUGAUUCAACAAUGUCGUUUCUCCAGAAUUCCGACCUAUCCUCCUCUCUUCAGCAACGGUUCCAGCAGCGGCAAUCAAAGUCUCUGCAAUUCGCCUUCUUCUUUUUCUUGUUUAAGACCCAGAUCUACUAGUGGAGGAGUGGCAAUCAGCCGUGAAUCGACGGAUGAUGACAAGAGGGAGGCAAAAUCGCAGCCCUAUCCCGGCGGAAUGGGGCCGUUUACCGGAAGAGAUCCGAGUGUCAAGAAGCCGGAAUGGCUGCGGCAGAAGGCUCCGCAGGGGGAGAAGUAUCGGGAGGUGAAGGAGACGUUGUCUGGGCUCAAAUUGCACACCGUGUGCGAGGAAGCGCAGUGCCCUAACAUCGGCGAGUGCUGGAAUGGAGGCGGAGACGGCAUUGCCACGGCCACCAUCAUGCUCCUGGGCGACACCUGCACCCGCGGCUGCAGAUUCUGCGCGGUGAAGACCAGCCGCAACCCUGCUCCUCCAGAUCCAUUGGAGCCUUUACGCACUGCACAAGCUGUUGCCAGCUGGGGUGUGGACUAUAUUGUUUUAACCAGUGUAGAUCGAGAUGAUUUGCCCGAUGGUGGGAGUGGCCACUUUGCUGAAACUGUUGGGGCCUUGAAGAUUCUUAAGCCUGACAUUAUGGUUGAGUGCUUAACGUCUGAUUUUCGAGGGGACCUGAAAGCGGUAGAGACUCUAGUUAACUCUGGAUUGGAUGUUUUUGCACACAACAUUGAGACUGUGAAACGACUUCAACGUAUAGUCAGAGAUCCGAGGGCUGGGUACGAACAGAGCAUGUCUGUCCUUAAACACGCAAAGCUUUCCAAGGAAGGAAUGGUAACCAAAACUUCUAUUAUGCUGGGACUGGGUGAAACUGAUUCUGAGAUCAAGGAAGCCAUGUCUGAUUUACGGGCCAUAGAUGUUGACAUUUUGACAUUUGGACAGUACUUACAGCCAACUCCAUUGCACCUCACCGUAAAAGAGUUUGUUACUCCUCAGAAGUUCGAAUUCUGGAAAAACUAUGGGGAAUCUAUUGGAUUCCGAUAUGUUGCCAGUGGGCCUCUGGUUCGAUCUUCCUAUCGUGCGGGCGAACUUUAUGUCCAGAACCUGGUGAAAGAACGAAUCAAACAAACAACUGCCGUGUGAAAGUACGAUGAGACAUUGAAGUGUGGUUUGGUUUAUGGUUUCAUUCUCUUGUAGGCUUAGUUUGGUUGAGUUGUUUGUAGCUAUUGUUAUUAUUUAUUUUUUGACAAGAUUGUCACUUGAAAAAUCUCGUUCUCCAAUCAUUUUUUGGGAAGAAAAUCAUCAAUAAAAUUCUCAUAAUUAC